AUGAAUUAAGAAUCCUUGGAAAGCAUUAUUGAGAGAUUGUAAUUACUUAAAUAGAUAACUUAAUAGUCAAAGAGAUAGACAGAGCAUUAGGGAUAGAAUGGAUGAAAGAAAUUAAUUAUUCGAAAAAGCAAAUUAAAAUUAUAAAUCUAAUUUAUAAAGAGAACUAGAAACAAUUAAAUUAACAAAGUAAGAUCUUUCAUAACUAUGCUUGUAGUAAAUAGGCUGAACAAAGGGAUUUAGAGUUUAGACAAUACAUUGUAUAGUUAUUCAAAUAAUACGACGAAGGGAACUAACAAAUGAAAUUAACAAUUCAAUAAACUAUACAAGAAAAAAUUAAUUAUAAUGAUUAUUUAAUAAGGAACUACCCACUUGACAGCUUGAAGGAAAAAAAGGAUUUGUAAGAGGAAAACCUUAUGCUUAGGAAACAAUUGGAGGUUCAUAUUUAUAACCUAGUUUUAGUAAUUUAUUUAAUAAACAACUACUUUGUCCCAUUUAUUCAUCCCUCUAAUUGAAAUAUAGUAGAAAGACUAGGAAGAGCAAUAGACACUAGAUAAGUACUUAGGGGAACAUCUAGAAACUAAUAUUCAAUAGAAAUAGUAACAUCCGAUUUAGAGUCAAUCUACUGUUAUAUAAAUCGUCCCAAAACAAAAGAUCCAAGAAUAGAAUCAAACUACCUAAGUUAAAUCACUCAGCACAACUUCAAAAAAAAUGGAAAAGGAUUUUCUUUAAGAAUUUAUGAUACCUUUGGCAGGAAGAUAAUAGUGA